GGAGUGCUGGGCGGGUACUUUCACCCGAGCUCGUAAGAUGCAUAGGUCGGCACCCCUUGCCGGAGAUUCUAACCGGCCUUGCGCACGCUGGACUGGCGAACCACCCAGUGCGCACCUUCGCAAUGUUGGCCUAAUUUUGCUAAGAUGGCCCUUUGGCCACUUCAGCAUUUUGCUACAAUGAUGUCCGGAGCAGGGUCCAUAGGCACACUGGCUCAGGGGAAGCUCGGGGCUCCUGCGCCAGAGCGGGUGUGGGCCUCCCCCCCUUUGGCCUGCCAUGAAGGCGAGCGGCGACACGGCGCUGGAUGACGCCCGAUAUGCCCGUGCAGCGAUGUGUGCCGUGUACGGCUUGGGGAUCAUCGGGAUGCUCGGCGUCUACGGUGUGAUACAGGAGCGCAUCAUGUCCGAGCCAUACAACAACGAAAUGUUCACCGUGUCGGUCUUCCUGGUGCUCUGCAAUCGUCUCGUCGGCAUCGUCUACGCCUGCGGCAUGGUGCUGUAUUACGGCGAGGACUGCGCCAACAAGGCACCACUGUGGAAGUACAUUGCGGUGUCUUUCUCCAACGUAUGCGCGACAUGGUGUCAGUAUGAGGCUUUGAGACAUGUGUCGUUCCCAGUGCAGAUGUUGGGCAAGAGCUUUAAGAUGAUGCCAGUCAUGGUUUGGUCCAUUGUGAUUUCUGGGAAGACCUACAAGGCUGUGGAUUGGGGUAUCGCUUUGGGCGUCACCUGGGGGGUCACCCAGUUCUUGCUCACAGGGGAAAUUAGUUCCAAGCAUGCUGGCAAGGACAGCAGCGCAUAUGGCUUGCUGUUGUUGCUCUGCUUCUUGGCUUUCGACGGGUUCACCUCCACUUUUCAGGAGAAGCUCUUCAAGGAGCACAAGACUUCCAAGUAUAACCAGAUGCUCUACACCAACUGUGGCUCCGCCGCGGUGUCCUUCAGCUCCCUAAUCGUGUUCAACCAGGCCGGUACGGCGCUGGCCUUCUGCUCCAACCACCCCACCUUCGUCGGCCACGCGAUGGGGCUGAGCGCGGCAGCUGUGGCAGGGCAGUUCUUCAUUCUCUCGCAGGUGAAGGAGUUUGGUGCCCUAGUCUUCGCGGCCACCAUGAACCUGCGGCAGGUAAUUUCCAUCCUUGUAUCUUAUAUCAUGUAUUCGCAUCCCAUCAGCACGAUGCAGCUUUUCGGCCUGAUGCAGGUGUUCGGCGCGCUGUUCUACAAAAGCUACUUGGGGUACGUGUCAGGCGAAAAGGGCGAGAAGCACGGCCACGCCCAGCUGCCGUCCAAGGAGGGGGACGUGGAGCUGCAGAAGCCUUCGCCCAUAGGUGCAAAGCAGUGAGCCCGCAUGUCCCGCCCGCGCCACGGCGGCAUGAGCUGCCACGCGGUGGCUGGAGGCCCCAGGACGGGGGUGGUCGGGGGGGGGGGGGAACGGCCGCUUCCGCCCGAAGCCAGGCCCCGCGCGUCUGCUGGAGUCUGAGGUCGUGGCAGUCCCGCGGAUCCCGCGUCGGGGCUUUUUCGCAGUGAUCGGCCGGCCCGCCCCAUCAAAAGCAGGCGCCCCUCCAGCUCCGGGGGGCCAGACUAGGGCGCGCUCGGGCACAAGCGCCGAGCGCCCAGGCAACCCAGGCGGCCCGUGUGUUCGAGUCGGGCCGUGAAUUCGAGCAGCGUGGCCCUCAGUGCACGCGCUGGGACUGGAGCUUGAAGCCGUGAUGGCGCUGAGAAUUUGAUGGUAAGACGAAAACGAGAUUCAGAGCGGGGCUACUUCUGGCAGCUCAGCGGCUAAGGGAGGCAGCAUUCGCACCAGCGAGCCAUGCCCCUCAUGUGAGCAUCAAAAGUGGGG